UUGCGGUACGUGCUUGACCGAGAAAAUAAAAAGAUAAAAAGAAAAAAAAGAAAAGAUUAAAGAGAUUCGAAAAAAGUGGCGCUUGGGCUACCUAACGGGAGUUACUAGAUUUUGACCGCAACGCGUCGCUGCGAUCACGAGAGAGAGAGAGAGAGAGAGAGGCAGGCUCGACGCCUCCGUCCGUAAAAUCGCGCCUUCGAUCGGCGAUCGCGCGUCAAGGGUUCCCUCCCCCUCUUCGUCAUCUUCUUCGCUCUGUGUGGUAUCCUCUCUUCGUCCCUUUCCUUUUAACAUUACCAAUAGCGGUAGCAGCAACCACAGCAAUAGUUAAUUAAACUACUAUUACACACCUACACACAGUCACUUAUUACACUAUUAAAAUCUACUGUUACUCGCUCUUCUCAUCCGUCAUCAUCGUCGUUGUCGUCGUCGUCGUCGUCGUCGUCGUCGUCGUCGUUUUCUUCGUUUCGUCAUUGUACGUCGUUGGUGUCGAUGGUGGUAGUGUUGGUGGUGAAAGAGGAGGAGGUGGAGUUAGUAGGAGGUGGUGGUAUAUAGAGGUGUAGGUGUAUAGUGUGUCGUAACGCGAAGGUGUCGCUUCGUUGUCAUCGUCGUCGUCGUUGCUGUCGUAUUUAAUCGGUGUCGUGUUGUGUCGUGUCGUGUCAUAUCGUGCAUGCGUGAGUAGAAUAGAUUGGAAAGACAAAAAGGGUUGUUGAAGAAGAAAAAGUUAAAAAAAGAAAAGAAAAAGAAGAAGAGAGGAGCAAGUCAGCCAAAGAGGCUGCUGCUCGCGCCUGCAAUGUGAUAAUCCUUUGUAACGUCAUUGAUGUCCGAGGUGGUGUCGUCUAGGAGGACAACGCGUUAUUACCAGGUCCCUCCUUGUGAGGCAUUUGCGAAGAGAAGGAAAAGGAAGCGGCACGGCCGGCCGACCAGGCGGCGGCCAGCGGAAGCAGCGCAGCCGCGCCAAUAGCGGCCCUGCCAGGUGGAGCUUCCUCAGCUCCCGGCUUCAGGAUGAGCGGCCGACCGAGGACCACCUCCUUCGCCGAGGGCAACAAGCCGCCCGCGAAUCCGCCCCUCGGCGGCGUCAAAAUCAGCAGUGGUGCGAUGUACAAUGCAGGCAAAGAUGGAAGCAAGGUGACGACAGUAGUGGCAACUCCUGGCUCUGGACCAGAUCUACCCCGAGAAGUAGCCUAUACCGAUACCAAGGUCAUUGGCAAUGGCAGUUUUGGGGUUGUCUAUCAAGCGAAAUUAUUCGACACCGGAGAAAUGGUUGCCAUUAAAAAGGUUCUACAAGAUAAACGAUUUAAGAACAGAGAAUUACAAAUAAUGCGGCGCUUAGAGCACUGCAACAUCGUCAAACUCAAAUAUUUCUUCUACUCUUGUGGUGAUAAGAACAUCUUAAACGCAACUAAUCCAGUUUUUCAUGUGGACAAGGACGAGGUUUAUCUGAAUCUAGUCCUGGAAUAUAUACCCGAAACCGUGUACAAAGUCGCCCGACAUUAUAGCAAAAGCAAGCAGACGAUACCAAUCAGUUUUAUCAAGCUAUACAUGUAUCAACUGUUCCGUUCUUUGGCAUACAUCCAUUCCCUGGGCAUUUGUCACAGGGAUAUUAAGCCGCAGAAUUUACUAUUGGAUCCUGAAACUGGUGUUCUCAAGCUCUGUGAUUUUGGUUCAGCCAAGCAUCUUGUCAAAGGGGAACCUAACGUGUCUUAUAUAUGCAGUCGCUAUUAUCGUGCGCCUGAACUCAUCUUUGGUGCCAUUGACUACACUACAAAGAUCGACGUGUGGAGCGCAGGUUGUGUUCUGGCAGAACUUUUGCUUGGUCAACCGAUAUUCCCUGGUGACAGCGGUGUAGAUCAACUUGUUGAAAUUAUCAAAGUACUUGGUACACCGACGCGUGAUCAAAUACGUGAGAUGAACCCUAACUAUACCGAAUUUAAAUUUCCACAAAUAAAGUCGCAUCCAUGGCAAAAGGUUUUCAGGGCGCGUACACCACCGGAAGCGAUGGAACUGGUAGCACGGCUUUUAGAAUAUACACCAUCUCUUAGAAUGACUCCUCUCCAGGCAUGCGCACAUUCGUUUUUCAACGAAUUGCGAGAAGAAGGGACACGAUUGCCAAACGGUCGUGAAUUACCACCAUUAUUCAAUUUCACCGAGCACGAGCUUAGAAUUCAGCCUAUUUUAAAUCCAAUCUUAAAACCGAAAUACAGCAUGCAGUCUCCUGACAAUCCCGGCGGCGGAGGCCAAUCGGAAGCGACGAAUGCAGCCGCAGCGGGGGCUAGCGGUAACUCUAGUGAUAAUAGCGUCAACACCAAUACACCCUCCACCACACAAACUACCGAUCCCAGCCAAUCGAACAUGGCUUAGAUUAAAAAAAAAAAAAAAAGAAAAGAAAACA